GGGGGCAGUGUCGGAAAAACACAGACUCCCCCGUUUACAACGUCUUUUCCGGUUCAAGCGGAACCUCGUUUUUCUUCUUCCCCGUGCCACUCGCGGACCUCAACGUGUCCGACAAAAUGGCACUUUAUAACUUUAAGAAAAUUAUGGUGGUCCCCACCGCCAAGGAAUUUAUCGACAUCACUUUAUCCAAAACUCAAAGGAAGACGCCCACAGUGGUACACAAGCAUUACCAGAUUCACAGAAUCCGACACUUCUACAUGCGAAAAGUGAAAUUCACCCAGCAGAACUACCACGACCGCCUGACACAGAUCCUCACAGACUUCCCCAAACUCGACGACAUCCACCCAUUUUAUGCGGAUCUGAUGAACGUCCUGUACGACAAAGACCACUACAAGCUGGCCUUAGGACAGAUAAACAUCGCCAAAAACCUAAUUGAUAAUGUUGCCAAAGACUAUGUGCGCCUGAUGAAAUAUGGAGACUCUAUGUAUCGAUGCAAACAGCUGAAGAGAGCCGCUCUGGGUCGAAUGUGCACCAUUCUGAAACGACAAAAGUCCAGUCUGGAGUAUUUGGAACAAGUGAGACAGCAUCUGUCCCGUCUGCCGAGCAUUGACCCCAACACCCGCACCCUACUCCUGUGUGGUUACCCCAACGUGGGCAAGUCCAGUUUCAUCAACAAGGUCACCAGAGCUGAUGUUGAUGUCCAGCCGUAUGCCUUCACCACCAAGUCCCUGUUCGUGGGUCACAUGGACUACAGAUACCUCCGCUGGCAGGUGGUGGACACCCCCGGGAUCCUGGACCACCCCCUGGAGGACAGAAACACCAUUGAGAUGCAGGCCAUCACUGCACUGGCUCACUUGCGAGCGGCCGUGCUUUACAUCAUGGAUCUGUCUGAGCAGUGCGGCCACACGCUGCAGGAGCAGCUGGAGCUCUUCAACAACAUCCGGCCUCUGUUUGCCAACAAGCCUCUGAUCAUUGUUGCCAACAAAUGUGACGUGAAGAAGAUCAAUGAGCUAACUGAGGAGAACCAGAAAAUCUUUGCAGACCUGAUCACUGAGGGAGUCCCCGUCAUCGAGACCAGCACCCUGACCGAGGAGGGGGUCAUGCAGGUUAAAACCGAGGCCUGUGACCAGCUCCUGGCCCACCGCGUCAACACCAAGAUGAAGGGCAAGAAGGUCCAUGACGUUCUGAACAGGCUGCACCUCGCCAUGCCCACCAAGAGGGACGAGAAGGACAGACCACCGUUCAUCCCAGAUGGAGCUUUGAACCGCAGGAGGGCCAUGGAGGUGGACGCCCCCAAACCCAAACUGGAGAGGGACCUGGAGCUGGAGCUCGGGGAUGACUACAUCCUGGACCUGCAGAAAUAUUGGGAUCUGAUGAACGUGGAUGAGAAGCAGGACAGGAUUCCAGAAGUGUGGCAGGGACACAACAUUGCCGACUACAUCGAUCCAGACAUCAUGAAGAAACUGGAGGAUCUAGAAAAGGAGGAGGAGCUGAAAGAACGAGCCGGCGAGUACGACUCUGACGAUGAGAGCGAGGACGAAGACAUGCAGGAGAUCCGCUCUCUCGCCAAACAGAUCCGUGAGAAGAAACAGCUCAUGGUCAUGGAGUCCAGGGAGAAGGACGUGCACGGACCUCGCAUGCCCAGAACUGCUACCAAGGUUGAGAGGAAGAAGCUGGAGCAGGAGAUGAGUGAGCUCGGUCUGGACAUGAGCGACAAGAAUGAUAGCCACUAUGCUGUCCAGGCUCGCCGUUCCCGCAGCGUCGCCAAGAAACGCAAACGAGAAGCUUCCGCUCCCCCCAGCUCCAAAACUCGCAGCCAGAGCGCCUCCCGUCCACCUCGAGAUCAGUCCGGAUUACGGGACGCUAAGAUGGUGAAAAAGGCAAAGAAGAUUAUGAAGAACUCUCAGAAGGACCGAAACCGGGAAGGCAGGAAAGGAGAGUCGGACCGACACGUUUAUGACUUAAAACCCAAACACCUGCUGGUUGGAAAGAGGAAGUCGGGCAAAACCGAUCGCAGAUAAAACUGCUUCUUUUGGACUUUUUCAUGUUUGAAGAUGACAUUUCAAUGAAACUAAGAUUAACCCACCCACUUAACAUGAUAAGUGACUAUAAGUACAUUUUGUCACAUAUAAAACCUGAUAAACAAGUUUAGAAAUAAAAUAGUCAGAUUUUGGUCAA